UUUCUCCCUCUCCCUCUCCUCCUUCUCUCUCUCUCCCUCCCUCUCCAUCUCUUGAUCUGCACAUCCCCUACUGGUAGACUGCCAGAGGCUUGUGUGGACGUUUCGCAAGUGCUGGUUAUCAGUCAGGAACGUCAUUUUGGGGAAUUCGAAACUUAGACCAUGCUUGGGGAAGGGGCCAAAGGGGUUUUAUUAUCACUGUUUUCAGCGCCAGAGAAGCAGUAAGGACAGAGCUUAAUCUUUACAUCCUUCACAUCGCAUCUGUCUGACACUCCUUCCCACUCAGAAGAGAAACUCAAAGUGAUCUGAACGAGGAUGGCUACAUUUGAUGGAAUCCCAACCUGUCUCUCAGCAGACCUCUUUUUCAGGAACAUGCUGUUGGCCAAGACCAAGGAAGAACCCAACAGCAAAAUGUUCUCCUGCUUCAGCUGCGCCCUGGAAAACCUCCAGAGGGAGCCACUGUGUGUGAGAAGCAAUACCCAUCUCACCGUUUCUGAUGGGCGCACGCUGAUGGAGUUCACCUCGGGCGACGGGUCGGUCGCAGUCACCGUCUUCCACAAUCAAGGCAAAGUGCACUACAAUGUCUUGGUACCCAACUGGGACCUCUACUUUGCUCGUCUCUGCUCUAAUCCGCAGCCUCUCAGCCUUAGCAAUAUCCUUAGCAUCCGUGGUCAUCUACAUAACUGGGGUUCCUUUAGGAAAGGGUUUUCCCCUUUGGCCUGCUUUGACCUAGCAGUGGAAAAAUUCUGCAUGGAGCCCGAUACCAUCCAGAAGGAUGCUGAGAUGUUGGUGGAAUGUGGUGGGCGGGUGGUGAGGUUCGUCUCCGGCCAGGAAACCUAUAAGAUUUCGGUCUUCUUUAAACAAGGCGAGGCCAAAUAUGAAGUCCACGUAGACAACUGGGAUGUGGUCAUGGAGCGUUUGCAGACUGGGGUGGAGGCGCUAAGCUUGGAGAACUUGUUGCGUGUGAAGAACAGGCUGAGACUCCAGAAAUGGCGGGAGCUAAGGUCUUGCCUGGAUGAGGCCGUUAGUCGGUUCUCCCAGGAACCCCGUUGCGUUCAGGAUAAUGCCAAAAUGUUGAUUACGACCAGUAAUGAGAAAGUUGUGCUGAUCUCUGGGAAAGGGGAGAACCUCAUCACAGUGACAUAUGGAUAUGGAAGGGUUGACUACAAGUUGGUAGAACGAGGCUGGUGGGAGGUGGCUGCCAGGGUCCUCCAAAAGAAAGAGACACAUACAACAGAAUGUAUUUGAAAGACCGGCUCCACCAAACGCUUCCUAAAAAUAAAAAUAUGGAAGGCAGCAUCAAGGUGGUAAGCUUUGCCACUGACUUGGGUGUAUUCGUUAGCAUGAAUGUGGAAAAACUGCAGGCAUAUCACUUUACAGUCGUACCUUGCUUUUCAAACGCCUUGGGAGUCAAACAUUUUGGCUCCUGAACGAUCGAAAACUGGAAGUGAUUAUUCUGGUUUUCGAAAGUUAUUUGGAACCUGAACGUCUGACGUGACUUCCGCGGCUUCCGAUUGGCUGCAGGAGCUUCCUGCAGCCAAUCGGAAGCCGCACCCUGGUUUCUGAAAGUUCUGGAAGUCGAACGGGCUUCCGGAAUGGAUUAUGUUUGACUUCCAAGGUACCACUGUAUAUAUAAGGCAGAGUUCCUCCAAGACCAGAAAGAGGGAAAGUUGGGCUGCCCUCAUGGUCUCCAACCUCUCAUAGGCCCUUGUGAUGGGCAGGUGGAGCCACCCACCUGUCAGUCACCCAAUGCCAUUAUGAUAUCACGUGGCAACUUCAAAAGGGCUCACUGAAAGUGAUGGGGAACGCCGAUGGGGAACUCCCUACUGUGGCCACUCACAGUGGGGCUUUCUGGCAGUGCCGAUCAGCUGAUCAGUGCCGUCAGUGAGCCCCGCCUUCAAAGGAACAUUCAAGAUCUUGUUUUCAGCACUCAUUCGUUCAUUCGCAGCGGUGUCUGAGCACGCACACACAUGCACGCACGCACAAGCCUCUUGUCAAGAGUACUUCCAAAGGAACCCACACAGCAGUUGUCGUUUAUUGUGAACACAGUCGCUUCUGCAACCCUGUAUACCUGCAUACAGCAAUCUAGCAUCUAGGCAGCUCUACCCAGUUUCACGCUCUAUGGAGCAGUUGCAGCAACAUGGGGCCACUCCCCUACCAUCAGUUUAUGCGCCUACAUGCAGCUGGAGACUGUGCCUGCGUGGCAACGUCUGUGGGAUGUAACAUGUAGCAGUCAAGUACAACAUUUCCCUGUUUGCCCAGAGUGGACACACAGGGGGAUGUUCCUCCAUCCUGUGUGUCCUCCAUCCUGCCCCUGCGUGUGACCCCAGAAGACCCCAUAAAAGGCUGGUCACUCAGCCACCUUCCCUUCUUCUUGACCUUCUUUCUCUUGAUGCUGUUCUCUGGAUGUCUUUUGCUGUCUGCUGGCUCUCAGCCAGCAGCACAUGGGCUCAAACCCCAUAUGGGAUGAACCCUCACUCUCUUCUGUAACUACAAGCGAAAGCCUGUCUUCAGGGCUCAUACUGUGAACUGGAUGUAAGUAAUCCUUAUCAUUCCUUAUAAAGAAGACUGUUGUGUCUUUAUUCUUUUUAGGACGGAACAAAGGGGAUUUGCCAGGAAUAACCCAAUCUGGACAAGCCAGACUGGAUUGCUUAACUCAAGAGAUUAAAAUGAAUCUACCAACUAGCUUCCUGCGAUGUAGAGGGAAUGUGCUCUGUUACUAACUCACUAGGAGCAAUAUAUCCUGUCCUACUAUCCACAACAAUUGGGACACUGUGGGUUAAACCACAGAGCCUAGGGCUUGCCGAUCAGAAGGUCAGUGGUUCGAAUCC